AUGCCGUUGUUCGAACGGGAUCGCUACCAGAGGCUUGACGGCGGGGGCGCCGGCGCCGGGGCCGCCCGGAGGCCGCCGCCGUCGUCGUCGUUCUGCUCGUCGGCGACCAUCGUCGUCUUCGUGGCGCUGUGCCUCGUCGCCGCGUGGAUGAUGGCGUCGUCCAACAACAUCGCGGUCACCGUGUCGCCCGAGAACAGCUCGGGCGCUAAGGACCAGGACGGGUCCGUCGACGUCGCGCAGGAGAGCGACGAGGUGGCGGACACUGGCAGGAAAGAUGACGUCGCCGGUGGCGAAGGGGUCGGCGCUGGCGGCGGCGGCGGCACGCAGGCGACCGAGGAGAGUGGGGACACCGGCAAGAAAGAUGAUGGCAGCGUUGGUGAAGGAGGCGGCGGCACGCAGUCGACGGAGGAGAAUGGGGACAUCAGCAAGAAAGAUGAUGGCAGCGGUGGCGACGCGUCGCAGACGAAGGAGGACGCCGGAGACACCGGCAACAAAGAUGAUGGCAGCGGUGGCGACGCUUCGCAGACGAAGGAUGACACUGAUGGGGGCACCGGCAACAACAAGGACGACGGCGCUGGCGCCGCGCAGACGACAGAACCUGUCACUACUGUCGGCAACGACGUCAACCAGAGCGACGUCGCGGGGAGAACGGACGCGACAGCCAACAGCACCUCCAGAGGCACGGACGCGGAGGACUCCGGCGAGCCUGCCGGCGGCAUCGUUGCCGAGGGCGACACACCGUCCAAGAACCAGACUUUCUCCGACGAGAACGGCAAGACGGAGGGCGGCGAGGUGGCGAAGCCGGAGGACCCCGACAAAAAAGUCGAGCAGAGCGCCGAGCAGACGGCCAUCGAUGGCAGCAACACCACCACCACCACCACAAGCGGACGGGAUCAAGACGAGAAGAACACCGACAAGAGCACGAACGAAACUGGCGGCCAGGUUGACAAGAGCGAAGAGGAGGCGUCCACUGACGACAAGAGCACCGGCGUUCAGGCUGACAACACUGUCCAGGAGGAGGCAUCCACCACUGACGAUAACAACGCCGGCGGCCAGGCUAACAACAGCACCAAGGAGACACCGACAGAGUCGAAGGAGACCGUUGGCGGCGACGACGGCACGGCCAAGAACCAGAGGAGCUUCGACGACAUGAAUGGCAGUAUGGACGGCGCACUGCCCGUGAAAGAAGACGGGAAUGUCGCUGAGAAGAGCUCCGAUGAAACUGCCAGCGGCGACAAGGUGGAAAGCACGGACGACGACGCGAGCACCGGCGCGGCAUCAAAUAACGCAACUUCCGGAGGCCAGAACGUCGCGGCCGAGACCAUGGCAUUUGCAGCCGCGGAUGAUGGCGCCAACGAUAGCAAGAUCACUGAAGACAGCUACGGAAUGAACAGCAGCGCCACAACCGAAGAGAAGAAACCGGCGGCUGGAGAAGGAGACCUGCUGCCGAGCGGGCAGGCGGAGUUGCUGAACGAGACGGCGUCGGAGGUGGCGGAGAACGGCGCGUUCCCGACCCAGGCGGCGGAAUCGAGAGAGGAGAAGAAAGCGCGCGCAGGCAAGAACAAGAAAAAGAAUAAGAAGGAGAGCAAGGACCAGGGCGCCGCCUCCGGCGAGACGGCGGCGGAGGAGGAGACGUACAGCCACACCUGGAAGCUCUGCAACGUGAGCACCGGCGCAGACUACAUCCCGUGCCUGGACAACGAGGCGGCCAUCAAGAAGCUCAAGAGCAACAAGCACUACGAGCACCGGGAGCGGCACUGCCCCGCCAACGCGCCGUCGUGCCUGGUGCCGCUCCCAGAGGGCUACCGGCAGCCGAUCCCGUGGCCGUACAGCCGCGACAAGAUCUGGUACCACAACGUGCCGCACACGAUGCUGGCGUCCUACAAGGGGCACCAGAACUGGGUGAAGGUCUCCGGCGAGCACCUGACGUUCCCCGGCGGCGGCACGCAGUUCAAGAACGGCGCGCUGCACUACAUCGAGGUGAUCGAGGAGGCGCUCCCGGAGGUGGCGUGGGGCCGGCGCAGCCGCGUGGUGCUCGACGUCGGCUGCGGCGUCGCCAGCUUCGGCGGCUUCCUGUUCGACAAGGACGCGCUGACCAUGUCGUUCGCGCCCAAGGACGAGCACGAGGCGCAGGUGCAGUUCGCGCUGGAGCGCGGCAUCCCGGCCGUCUCCGCCGUCAUGGGCACCAAGCGGCUCCCCUUCCCCGGUAACGCCUUCGACGUCAUCCACUGCGCCCGGUGCCGGGUGCCGUGGCACAUCGAGGGCGGCACGCUGCUGCUCGAGGUGAACCGCCUCCUCCGGCCCGGCGGCCUCUUCGUGUGGUCGGCGACGCCCGUGUACCGGAAGGUCCCGGAGGACGUCGAGAUCUGGCACGAGAUGGCGGCGCUCACCAAGUCCAUGUGCUGGGAGAUGGUGAAGAAGACGAGCGACACGGUGGACCAGACCGCCAUGGUGGUGUUCAAGAAGCCGACGAGCAACGAGUGCUACGACGCGAGGGCGCGCGCGGAUCCGCCGCUGUGCGGGGCCUCCGACGACCAGGACGCGGCGUGGAACGUCACCCUGCAGCCGUGCAUGCACCGGGUGCCCACCGACGCGUCCGCGCGCGGCUCGCGGUGGCCGGCGCAGUGGCCCGAGCGGCUGGCGACGACGCCCUACUGGCUGAGCGCCGACCAGGUGGGCGUCUACGGCAGGCCCGCGCCCGCCGACUUCGCCGCAGACCAGGAGCACUGGCGGAAGGUGGUCGACAACUCGUACCUCCACGGCAUGGGCAUCGACUGGAAGAACGUCCGGAACGUCAUGGACAUGAGAGCCGUCUACGGAGGGUUCGCGGCGGCGCUGCGGGACAUGAAGGUGUGGGUGAUGAACGUGGUGACCGUGGACUCGCCGGACACGCUGCCAAUCAUCUACGAGCGCGGGCUGUUCGGGAUGUACCAUGACUGGUGCGAGUCCUUCAGCACCUACCCGAGGACGUACGACCUCGUCCACGCCGACCACCUCUUCUCCAAGCUGAAGAGCAGGUGCAAGCUGCUGCCGGUGAUCGCCGAGGUGGACCGGAUCCUGAGGCCGGAGGGGAAGCUCAUCGUCCGCGACGACAAGGCGACGGUCGAGGAGCUGCAGAACAUUGCGAGAUCGUUGCACUGGGAGGUCAGGAUGACCGUGUCCAAGCAGGGGCAGGGGCUGCUCUGCGUCAGGAAGACGAUGUGGCGGCCCACGCAAAUCGAGGCGUUGAGCUAG